GGCUUUUAGUGGUGGGUGUUUUUAGUGACAACACCCAUGUGGAUCCAGCAGUCCGGUCACUGUUUCAGACUUUAGCAGCCUCUGAGUGCGCGCUCAGGUCAUUCCCUGCAGGAUAAACUCGCUCACCCAUGAUUUAUUACAGACUGUGAGUCGGAAUGGCUUCUAAAUCUCUCUACUCGCCCAGGGACCCGGUGCUGAAGAAGAGGGACGAUUUUGAGGAUAUUCUUGAGGAGAGACGAAACUCCAGUGAUUUGAGAUAUGCUCUCAGGUGCUACACACCCGCUCUCUAUAAGGGACUGGUUCCAUGCAAGGCCAGCAUGCUCAAAAACAUCGUCCUGCAGUCUGACUCUCUACAGUAUGUCAUCAGCCAGGUCUCAGCAGAGUGUGGUGAGUCUCAGGAGGCGGUUCAGGAGGAGGCGUCCUUGUUACUGGAGGAAAUGGCCCACCGCCUGCAGCUCGGCACCAUCCGCUUUUUCGCCUUUACCCUCAGCAAGGCCUUCAAAGUACUCUUCCAUAGCGUGUGUGUCAACGAGGAGGGCAUUCAGAGGCUUCAGCAGGCCAUUCAGGAGCAUCCAGUGGUUCUUCUGCCCAGUCACCGCAGCUACAUGGACUUUCUAAUGAUGUCCUACAUCCUGUACACGUAUGACCUGGCUCUGCCUGUCAUCGCUGCUGGGAUGGAUUUUAUGAGCAUGAAGUUUGUUGGAGAGAUGUUACGGAUGUCCGGUGCAUUUUUUAUUCGCCGCUCAUUUGGGGGAGAUAAACUGUACUGGGCGGUCUUCUCAGAAUAUGUAAAGACCAUGCUUAGGAAUGGCUAUGCACCAAUCGAGUUCUUCCUGGAAGGAACACGUAGUCGAACAGGGAAAUCAUUGACGCCAAAGACAGGUCUGUUAAAUAUAGUAAUGGAGCCGUUUUUUAAAGGAGAGGUGUUUGAUGUUAAUCUAGUUCCAGUCAGUAUCAGCUAUGAGCGGAUUCUAGAGGAAGCUCUUUAUGCCCGAGAACUGCUUGGAGUGCCAAAACCCAAAGAGUCCACAUCUGGAUUGUUGAAGGCUCGGCGGAUCCUCAGUGAGGAUUACGGCAGUAUGCAUGUGUAUUUUGGUCAGCCUGUUUCUGUGCGCAGUCUGGCUCAGGGACAUAUAAAUCGCUCCCAGUACAACCUGGUGCCAAGGCAUAUUCCCCAGAAGCCGGCAGCAGACACGCAGUCGUUUGUGAACGACACUGCGUAUCGGCUGGUGCGUCUGCAGGAGGAGAGCAUGGUGCUGAAGCCGUGGGUGCUCGUGGCCAUGCUUCUACUGCAGAACCCAGAUGGGAUGGACCUGUCCACACUCACUGAACAGGCGGACUGGCUCAGACGCCUAGCGCUGACCUUCGGGGCUUUCUUAGACUGGCCAGAUCGUGAGCCCUGCAGUAAGGUGAUCAGCUCUAGUCUGGUUCUACAUAAGAACCUGGUGUGUGUCUCCGGGGGCCGAGUGCGAUUAGUCGUUGACGAGCCUUCGGGAGCAGAGUUGUCCACGAAUGAGAUGGCGUUUAACCAGGCGGUCAGUGUUCUGUCCUGCGCCUCAUACAGGAAUCAGAUACUGCACCUGUUUGUACGACCAGCACUACUCGCUGUGGCCUUGCAGACUGCCAACUCCAACAGGAGAGAUGAGGUCUACAAUUGCUUUAACUUCCUGUGGAACGUGUUCUCCAACGAGUUCAUCCUGUGCCCCGGGGCUGCAGUGCAGGACUUUGAGGAGGCGUGUUUUCUUCUGGGGAAGUGUGGUGCAAUUCAGGGGCUGCAGCAGGACAUUGUGACGUGUCAGAGUGGACAGACCACACUGGCCUUCCUGUGUUCUGUUCUUGACCCGUUCCUGCAGGGCUAUCAGGUGGUGUGCCGAUAUCUGUGUGAGGAAACAGAGGAGAAUCUGCCAGAGAAUAAGUUUGUUCCUGCUGUAAGAAACUUCACUCUACAGCUCAUUCUAGCAGGAAGUCUGAAGUGUUAUGAAGCGUUAUCAUCAGAUAUGCAGAAGAAUGCCUUGGCUGCCCUGAUGCGACUGAAGACUGUCAGAAAAGUCAAAGUUGGUGAUCAGGUGACACUUAAGGUUAACAAGAUUGCUGUGAACUCAUUGGAGGACACAUUGGGGGGUAAAAUUCCUACCCAGAAACCUGUCCUCGCUCGGCUGUAAACACACACACACACACAUCCUUCCCGUCGUCUGGAGAGCCAGCCUGAACUGCCUUCAUUACCAUAAUGGCAAAUUUCGUGAAGCGCCGAGGCUUUGCUGACUACAAAGACUGUUCGUCAUCGAGCUUUAAAAAGACUUCACGGGUUCACCAUCUGGGACAUGCUGUCUACGAUAUGGGCCUGCCUCUCUCUCUCUCUCUCUCUCUCUCUCUCUCUCUCUCUCUCUCUCUCUCUCUCUCUCUCUCUCUCCUCUUCCUUCUUUCUGUCACCCUCCCUCUCUCUUUCUCUUUGCUGUCUUUUAAUGUGUCUCUUAGAAGGAUGGCUUCUGUGUGAUCAAGCCCGGUGUCUUUAAUUCUACUCUUUCUUUGAGGUGUUUCCAACCCUCUUUAAUGUGACUGGGCACACAUGAAGGCUGCACUGCAAAGAGAGUGAUUCAACACUUCUUGUAGGCACUAUUUCACUCUAGUAUACUCUACUAUUUCUCAUUAUAGGAUUGUUCUAAGACUAUUAUGAUAUUAUUAAUUAAUAUUAUUAAUACAAGUAAUAAAUUAAUUACAUUUAUCAAGAUGUUUCUAGACAUUUGUAAUUGAUUGUAUCAUACCAAAUUGACACUUGACUCAUAAGACAAUGGUAUGUUAGUAUAUCAGUUCUGUGAAACAUAAACCUCGUAUCGCUACCUUUGCUAAUUGUUUGACAUUUCAGGAAUUUAAGGGUGUUUUUACACCUGUUGUUUAUUUCUUUGGUCCAGGUCAGUUGAUGAGUUUGUUAACUUGUUAACUAAGCUUUUUCUCCGUCGGUUUGGUUUGGUUUUACACAGGUAUAAUCCUGAACACCAGAACACCAGAAUCGCACCAAUAAACACUGUCUCCUCUGAUUGGUCAGAGCUGUGUGGUGCAGGAGCAAGAAAGUAUAUAUAGUGAGAAGAUUCUGUGUUCCUGCCCGGAUAUCUGUGCAGUUUUACCACUAAACACUGUGCGAUUUCAAACACAGUGUUUGUAUCUGCAGCGCAGAUGUAGUAAAUGGAGUCCUGUGGCUGCGAUCAGUGAACGCAACACAUGCGGCAUUCAGUGAGAGAUCUGGCUAAUAUAUCAGAAAAAAAUGAGACUUGUCAACAGUUUAGCCUAAAUAAAAGGAGUAUAUUUGAUAGCUGGGUCCAAUCGAGACCGGAUCACGUUCUCACCACAAGUGUUCUUUUGGGAUCGGACCAAGAACAUCUCCUCUAGCGGGUCUCGGUCCGGCUGUUUUAAUCCGCACCUGAGUGCGAUUACUGUUUUCACACCUGCUCAAUCAAACUGCACUAAAAUUUUAAACCGAACCAAAUAGUGCUGAUGUGAAAACGCCAUAGAUUUAUAAUUUGUUGUUUACUCUGUGGUCAAAUUCCCAAAUUCUAUGAUGAAGGAACCAAUAGAACUGCUCCUAAAGGAUAUUAAUUAAUAAAAUUUUUUACAUUGACUUUCAAUCAUUAAAAGCUAAGAAGGGUUUUUCCUUCUUCUCUAAAUUUUAUGGAGAUAUGAUGCUUUUGUGUGACAGUGAAGAUAAUUAUAUUAAAUGUUUUUAAAUUACUUGAAAUAUCUAGAAUAAUCUUAGACCAUUCCUACAAGAGUCUCAUAAUGAGAUAAAGCCUACAUUCUAGAAGUUUUCUCUAUUUGCAGUGUGUAGCUCUCUCUCCCCACUAUCCCCUGAUUAAUUUAUCCCUUUACUAUUGUAUUUGUUAUUUACAUUUUUUUUUUUUGCUUAUAUUUGUAACAGCUGGACUCAAGGAGACUGCACUUUCACCCCUGACUGUUACUCUUCUGGUCUCUCUGAGUUUGCUGAGUUGCCUUUCGCUCAGUUUUUGUUGUUUUCUUUUAUAUACUCUAUUUAUUCGCUUGCAUUUUUUUUUCUUUGCACGUUGACAUAGUCUGUCUUCAGUGUUUUGUUUGGGAUAAGGGUGUUAGCUUUUCAGAAAAAUAGAUGCUAGAAAAAUAGGUCAACCCCGACUUUAUUCUCUUUUAUUUUCCAUUGGGAAGUUACUGAAUUUGGACGCUUUGAGAGAAUGGCAAUAAAAGGGAACAGUCUAAUAUUGCUACACUGUCACAUCUACCAAACAACUGCCAUUCUCUUCAGCUUGUUUCAGUCGGAUGAACAAAGCAACCAAAUUUGAUUCUUUAAGGCCGUUAGAUUGGUAGCGUAUGUUUACACGUGCUUUGUUUUGUGUCUUUUCUUCUGAUGCAAAGCUGCAAAUCAGGAGAAUCCUGCUUUUUUAUACUGUAGAGCAGAGCAGCAUAUGCAAAUACCGUUAGAGAGGAAAUAAAUUUGUGGAUCAUCCUGCAGUAUAUGGUCUGUUCUAGUUUGUAUAGUACAGAAGAGGAGUUGCUUUAGUAUUCUUGACAUAGGCUAUAUAUUUUUUAGGAGAUAUAAAAGACUAAAAGAAUAUCAGAAGUGAAACUUGUUAUGCAAAAAGUGGAUAUUUUCAGUGUUUAUAAAAAUUCACGUGGGUGAUGUUGAGGUUAUGUUUAAAUGAUGCAGCUGCAAAGGAUGGUCUGAGCAGGACAUUGUAUCUGAUUAAUUAUUCUGAUAGGAUAUUGUGUCCCAUCACUUUUGCCAUGGAGGAUUAAGAAAGAUCUUUGCACCGACCUACAUUGAUUUCAGUCAGUAGCUUAUCUGUACGAAUGGGCAACUUUAGCCAGAUGCUGCCGGUCACGAUUUACCAAACCUCAUAAUUUCUCCAAUUUGAUUAAUUUAUUUGGUCUGGCGAUAUCUGUUUGAUUUUAAUAUAAUUUUGAGUUUCUAUUUUAGCUUUUCUACAUGUCCAUUCAUCUUAAAAUGUUCAUACGCUGAUGAUUAAAAAUGGUGCUUUAAUAUUGCACAUGGAACUAAAAAGCUCAAACUACAGGCGAGAUUGGGUCAUAUGACUGGUUAGAGUUGUAUGAUUACAUAUUUCAGUGGAUUUGAUCAUCCUCUAACUGUCCUUUGCAGUUAUAUCAUUUAAACUCUCAUAGAAGCAUGUGUUUACAGUGUACUUUAGCCAUAUUUCAUUUUUUUAAGAAUGUAAUGAUUUGUUUUUCUUUGUAUCAUGUGAGGACCUAGGGCUAAACUCUUGAGAUUUGUGUGAGUUUUCAUACACGGCCCAUAACUGUGUUUCCCAGAAGUUCCCAAAACAACAGUUACCGGUACUCUUAUAUUGUAGCUGUUUUGAACAAACACACUGCCUUGUUUCAGAGCUUCCUGCUCAUGAGAAAUUGCAAAGUUACUGAAAGGAAGAGAGAAGUGACACUUUUGCUUUGUUUAUUUGUUCAACCAACGUACAGCAACCUACAAAAAGGAUAUAUAUAUAUAUAUAUAUAUAUAUAUAUAUAUAUAUAUAUCAAUGCUGAGGGCAAAAUCUCAUCUUUAGUGUAGUGUAGUGUAGCACCUUUUAGUGGAUAAUAUUCUAAAUAACCAUUUUUGUAAACUUAAAAGGCAAGGCCAGUAUGUUGAAGACUACUGUCGGUUAAAUUAGUAGAUUUAGAUAAUUCUUUGGUUUUCAUAUCAUCAUAUGAAAUAGUUAAAGUUUUGGAAGCUUAUUUUGCAUUAUGGACACAUUAUGGACUGGAGCUUUGAAUGGCACUUUGUUUUCAAAUAUACUGGCUCAAUUAAAUUGUUCUUUACCUUUUUUUACAAGAUUUGUUUUUAUACAAAUAUCCACCGACACGUUCUUUAUGAAAAAAACGCAUCUGACCAAAAAUGUUUUAUACAAAAUACUGUAGCUAGGAUUAACAAACAUCCACAAAGGGCUCAUGAGGCUCCAGAAUAAGAACAGAAUAAGAUUGGUAAAUUUUGUGUAAAGAUUUAACUUAAUUGUUUAUUCAUUUAUAUACACAAAAAAAUAAAAUAGUUAUAGGAAUGGUAUUAAUGACAGAAGCACCCCUUCCUCAAAACCUGUAGGAAAUGUCAGAGAACAUUCCAGUUGCAUAGGAUGGAUUAGUGCAGGACACCAUUAAGAACACUUCUUCUUCUAGAGACACUUCUUCUGUACAAAAUCAAUUUUACCGUAUGAGUCCUAAUAUUUUUUGAACCAUUUAUUGUUCCAGCUCCUGCCAGGAGAAUAGCCUGUGAGAUGCACUGGCAUUAAACCCUAAUUACCAUUCCAUACCAUAUCAGACCAGACCACACCUUUAUCUUCCUUCCAAAUAGCAUUGUAAACCUACACUUUCCAAUGGGUGCAAGUGAAGUGAAGUUACUGAAAUUGUACCAGUUAUUGGAUAAUACUGUAAUACUGAAGCAUUAAUAGCUGUUUAAUAAAUGAUUGUGUUUAAGGGGUUAAUGAGAUGAGGUUUUGCCCACAUUUCUAACUAGUGUGUGCCAAACCACUCUCGCCUUGUCGAUGGCUUAAACCUGCACUUUUGUAAAAUACUCUCAGGUCAGGGUUGUUUUGUGUCUGAGAUUUGCUUUGACUGCUGUAAGAAAGCCAGACAUAACAAUCUCAAAUUAUUCUGGCACAAAUCUACAAAAUCUGACAAAAGUCUACAAAUCUGGCCCUUUAUAUACACCUACCUUAAAGAUUCACACAAACUCUGACGAAUCUGUCUCAGAUUUAAUCUUAAAAUGAUGCAGAACUGUGGAUAGUCUUUACACUCACUUAUUUAAUUAAUAACCACUAAGAAUUGUUCAGCAACUGCUUUAAAACCAACACGAGGCACUAAUAUGUGGCCACACAUAUGGGUAUAAAAAAUAUUUGAAAUUGGAGCAAGGAUGAAAUGACGUAAAACAAGUCUAAUGCAUUAAACUAAUGAUGCCUGUAACUACUUCUUACAUGUCUCAUCACUUUUAUACCUCUCAGGACCUCCUAACUCUCUUAAUCAAGAGUGUUUGCCAACUCGUUUGCCAAAGUUAUAUUCUCUUACUUUCAGUUCUGUUCGUUUUCCAUGGUCUAGCAUUAACGUUGUGUGUACUGUCACUGUUUGACAGCGUGUGUCUAAUGAUUAAUGAUUAUAUGGUGAUAAUGAUGAUUGUGGUGUGUUUGGUAUUAAAUCUGUAAUGACAAGAUUAAAGUUUGAUAAUCAAAAUAC